UUAAACUGUUUUUAGGAGUAAAGGUGUAAUUAAUAAAUUUCGUAAAUUACAGCCAUGGCUUAAUAGUACGAUAAACAAAUGUCGGGAAAAUCAAGAAAAACAACGAGUGGUGAGGUGACCUAGCUACCGAUGGGAUCUUUAAAGUUAUUUAGAUCAUCAAGAUGUACAAAAAGCAGAGAAAUCCGUAAAAUCAGAACAACAAAAUAUAGAGUAUUUUCCGGCCCCACAAAAAGUAUUUGUAUGCAAAUUGAUAAUACGUUGAAAGCAAAACACAAAUCAUGUUUUCUAAGACCAGACACAGGACCAUGUAGAGCAGACUUAAUACAAUGGUAUUAUGAUGUGAAGCAAGGUCGAUGCUUUCGUUUCUUCUGGGGCGGUUGUCAGGGCAAUGGCAACAGAUUUGAAACUCAUGAAGAUUGCAAAGACUAUUGUAAACUCAAUCUCACAGAACUUACAGCAAAAAUUCCAAUUUUUUGCUCAGUUUUGUUUGACUACGGAACCUGCUUUGGUCAUUACUUUCGCUGGGGUUGGGACAAGCUGACAAAGACUUGCAAGCGAUACUUGUAUUCAGGCUGUGGAGGUAAUCAGAAUAACUUUCAAACUCGUGAUGAAUGCUUCAAGACCUGUUUAAUUCCACCAAGCAACUCGUUGAAAGAAAUUAGCACUUUUACAACUUGCAUCCCUGUCAACUACAUACCAGCAAGUUUCCCUAUAUUUUAAAUACUAAGUUAUUAUCAAUUAUAUUUUUA